AUGCUGCGACAAGAAAUUGGAUGGUUCGACAUGCCCGAAAACCAGCCCGGUGCAUUAACAGCUAAACUGGCUACCGACGUAUCUAAGCUGCGCUAUAUUUCCGGCUCCCAACUGGGUAUCAUCAUGGAGGCCAUUGUUUUGACAGUGGUCUCGUUGGUUAUUGCAUUCGUAUACUCCUGGCAGCUAACUUUACUCUUCCUGGCCUUUUAUCCAUUCAUUGUGCUAAGUGGAGUGGCGCAGGUUCGACGCAUGUCAGGAUCGUCCGGUGGGAACAAGGAUACAAAAACCAUGCGUAUUGCACAAGAGGCAUUCGCCAAUAUAAGAACCGUAACUACGCUGAUCCUAGAGGACUCCUUUUAUGAUAAAUUCAGCACCUGUUUGAUCAAUGAUUUCAAAAAAGUAGUGAAGGCAUGUCUCGUGGAUGCUCUUAUGUACGCCGUGACCCAGUCGAUGGCCAUGUUUGCUUUUGCCGCUGUAUUUGGAUUGGGUGCAUAUUUAGUUGAGAAGGCAGUUUUGGGAGCACCAGCAAUAUUCAGAGUUUUUGCAGUAAUGAACAUGAGUGCUCAAGCACUCGGGAGACUUGCCUCAGUGGCACCGGAUACGAAAAAAGCUGCAACUUCAUGCAAAGCUAUCUUUGCCACACUAGAUCGAAUUCCUCGUAUACAAACAGAUCAAGGAUUGGAGCCGAAUACGGAAUUUGAAGGGAAAGUAACAUUUAAUAAGGUUUACUUCCGCUAUCCGACGCGUCCUGAAGCACGCAUCCUCAAAAAUUUCAGUCAUACAGUUCAGCCCGGUCAAACAGUGGCUCUAGUCGGUCAGUCUGGUUGUGGCAAGUCCACAUUAUUGCAACUGGUACAAAGAUUCUAUGAUCCGUCAAACCACGGACCGGAGAGUGGGGUUUUCUUUGACGAGUGGAAUUUGCGUGAUCUGGCACCCCGAUGGAUCCGACGACAAAUCGGUAUUGUGUCACAAGAGCCCAAUCUGCUCGACAUUACUUUGAGAGAGAACAUCGCUUACGGGGAUAAUACACGUGAAGUACCGAUGGAUGAGAUCAUUGAAGCAGCUCGACAAGCCAACGUGCACGACUUUAUCAACUCACUGCCGGAUGGUUAUGAAACUCUGGCUGGCCAGAGUGGUUCUCAGUUAUCCGGUGGACAGAAACAGCGCAUUGCCAUUGCCCGUGCUCUGCUCCGUAAACCGAAAUUGUUGCUGUUGGACGAAGCCACAUCUGCUCUGGAUAAUGAGAGUGAGCGCAUUGUACAGGAGGCCUUGGAUAAAGCUACCGGGUCGCAUACAUCCCUGGUAGUCGCACAUCGUCUAACCACAGUUCAGAAUUCCGAUUUGAUUGUCGUUCUGGAUAGUGGUCGCAAAAUCGAGUACGGACCACCGGGUGCUCUGAUGGAAGCGAAAGGAGCGUUCUAUGCACUGCACAGUGCUGAACAAGCCAGUUAA